AUGAGUAAUGAGACUGCUCAGCCAACUGAGCAAACUCACAACCGAUCAGCAUCUGUAGAGGGUACUAAGACGAGACCGCCUGCGCUGGACACAUCAAGCUUGACAAACGCCCCCCAACCCCCCAGCUCAUCGACCCAGACAACCUCUACAGCACAAAACACCGCCAGCACCGACAACUCGGAAACGCCUGUCCUAUCAGGGUCACAGAACGAGAAGGACUCUCUGCGGGCAGCCGACGAAGCUCCUGAAGUGCCACAGAAGAACCGCGGUCUGCUCCACGUUCCAUCAAGAACCUCUUCGCAAAAGAUAGAACCAUCACCAACAUCCACUGGCCUUAGCGGAGCAACUGUUACCGACCCAAGAGGCAGUAUAGGGGGGCGAUCGAAGGAUUCAAGGGGGAGCAUACUGGGGAGGCGGCGGAAUGGGAGUGCGACCAGCAGCAAAAUGUCGAUAACACCAGGUCCCGAUGCGGGCUCUACUGGGCAGAACCCCACAUCAAACGCUGCUGGUACCAAGCAGAAGAAGAAGAAUUUCCUGUCGUUUCUUUGCUGUAUGGCUCCAGACGAUGUCAAUACAUUAGAUCCUGAUGAAGCUACACCUCCGAACAAAGUUUCAAAGGCUCCAGGAGGGCGUUCAACGACGUCUAGCAGGCCAGAUCAUUCGGCGAUAAGCCAGACGAAUAAUGCUACGACGCAGCCUGACCAGGAAAAAGCAGCUCUGCAGAAUGAGGAGCCGGGUAAAGAGCGGAAUGAGACGACAAGUCUGGAUUUGGGCAGAACAAUCCAAUCGGGAGCCGCGUUACCAGCAAAUGGCGAUUUAAACCGACCAGUCGACACCCGUGAUGCACCAUUGCCAGAAUUGCCCAAGGAAGCAGAAUCUUCGGGUGCCGCUCAAGCUGCGCAACAAACCCCCUCUAUUGCAGUGCAAAGUCCGGUGAGAACGGAGCCAGGAUCUCAAGAUUCGUCCGACCAAAAUGACGGAGGAGGUGAUGUUCCAAUGCGGGAUCCGGACCCGGUACCAAUAGCAAAAGAUGAGUCCUCAGUUACGGCCCCUAGAAGUGAUGAGAUAGCAAAACCUAUGCUUCCCCCACCUCCUCCAGUCCCUCAGCCAGGGCCAAGCGAAGAACCAGGAAAUGAACUUGAGCAGAAGCAACAAUGGCUACUUCCACCGAUUGCCCCAAGAUUCCAAGGAAAGAAAUGCUUGGUAUUGGAUCUGGAUGAAACACUGGUACACAGCAGCUUCAAGAUUUUACACCAGGCGGACUUUACCAUUCCCGUUGAGAUUGAAGGUCAAUACCACAAUGUCUACGUUAUUAAGCGACCAGGGGUAGACCAGUUUAUGAAGCGUGUUGGGGAGCUUUAUGAAGUUGUUGUUUUCACUGCUUCUGUUUCAAAGUACGGCGAUCCACUCCUAGAUCAAUUAGACAUCCAUCACGUGGUACACCACCGGCUUUUCAGAGAAAGUUGUUACAAUCACCAAGGAAACUAUGUCAAAGAUCUGUCCCAGGUUGGCCGAGAUCUCAAGGAAACCAUAAUCAUCGACAAUUCGCCAACUUCUUACAUUUUCCAUCCCCAACAUGCUGUACCCAUUAGCAGUUGGUUUUCAGAUGCUCACGACAACGAGCUCCUAGACCUUAUUCCCGUUCUCGAAGAUCUGGCAGGCUCGCAGUCUUCACCACGCGCAUCCUCUCCCGUUAACUCCCCCGCCGGCGCUUCCACCGGCCGCCCAUCUUCACCCACACCCCCCGGUGGCCCCAAGACUGCCAUUCGUAGACGAGCGGCUGCUGAUCAGAAGGACAAGGUUGCGAAUGCGCGACCGAGCUCGACGAGGGCUGCUGGUGCUGGAGGAAGCAGUUCUACUAUGUUAAGACUUUACACCGAUGAGAGCCCAGGAUUGAAGGUUGAUCCUGUUGUGGUGCUUGUUCUAUCGCUGGUGUUCAUUUUCAGUGUUGUUGCGCUGCAUAUCAUUGCGAAGGUCACGAGAAAAUUCUCCAGCUAG